ACAACAAAUAACGGCGAUAAUUUGAUCCGACAUUCACGGACACGAAAAUUUGUGAAAGAAAACGCCAGCGAAAAAUAUAUAUUCAAAUGGAACGAGAGGUAUCCGAUAAAGUACGGCUGCCUGCGUGCGCGUUGUGUAUGUGUGUGUGCGUUUUCGUAUACUUAUGCGUAUACAGUUACGUCAAUAUUUCGAAACGCGUGUCUACAUCGACGAUCAAUAUAACAAUGGUGGAGGAUGGAAUGCUUCGACACACACGAUACCAUACGGACGAAGAAAUUCGUCAAACUGGCGCCAUUUAAGCUCCGUUUCUCGAAAAUGCUGAAAUCGCGGAGUUCCGGCGAUAGUCGCAGCAAUAGUGUAGAAUUUGAGGAACAGCAACGACAAGUUAAUCAAUCAUCACCAUCAGAUGCAAAUGAGUUUACAGAUGCAUCUGAAGCGGAAACGGACAAAAAUUGUUUGUCGAUCAGAAAUGAACAGAUGAUACCUAGUUCGCCUCCGCCUUCGUAUGAACACGUUCUUGAAGAGACACGAAUGGAAUCGUCAGCUAUUGCAUUACGAGAGACAAAAGAGGAAGGCAAAAAGAAAGGGAUUUUCAGUAAAGGAAGGAGCACCGAGAAUGCUGAGGCUGAUGUUGAGAAUGAUGAUGGCAGUGGCGGUCCUGGAGGUGGAGAUAAGAAAGUAGCCAAAACACCCAAGAUACUUCACAAAUCAAGCAAAGAAUUCUACAAAGCAAUGGCCAAACAGUGGGGCAUAACUUGCAAAAUGAGCGAUCAUUGUAGAUGUCUAGAUUGUCAGAGCCAUUACUUCGACUGCGAUUAUGAAAAAGACGAACAAGAGAAGGGUGACGGUGGCCUCAGCGCCGGUACACCAAUGUUCAUCUCCGAAGUGAUGCACGGCACUGCCUGUGCUCUCCUGUAAACCGCCGUUUCUUCCGGUUCCGCUUUUUUUCUCAACGGGCCAGAUAUCUACCUGAUUAUAACACGCACAAAAUGGCAAUCGGCGCCUAAAUACGAUGAAGAAACAACUUCGACGAGAACUUGUGUCACAAACAUGCAUAAUGCAUUUAUAUAUAUUUUAUUAUAUAUACAUAUAUAAUAUUUAAUGCCGUGCGAAGAGAAAAAGAGAUACAUCUCGGCACAUUUCAACGUAGAAAAAGAAAGUUACUCGCGAGCGCGUGCGCGAUGAAAUACACGAGCUUCGUAUGCCUCUCUGGCAUGGAUUAUUUUAAUGAAUUAUUUUAAGAUUAGACAAGCUAUUAAAAAAUUGGAUGCAUAUCCAAUUUGCAUCUAGACAGAUUAAAUUUUGUGAAAUUUUUUGUACGGCUCUUAUGCGAAAAAAGAAACUGAGUUUCGUUUUAUUAUAAUAUAGUAUACACAUAUAGAAUAGAAAAACAUAUACAGUUAAAUAUAAUGCGAUAGUUUUGAACAAUUCACUGCAGCAAAACUUGAAUGACAAAUUAAUUAUGUUCUGCUAUAAAAACUUUCCAGUAUAUUCUUCUUUAUCGUAACAUUUUUGCAUUUUUUAGACCCGGAAAUUAAAUUAUUAAAAUUAUUUAUUCUAACGCGUUCAAAAAUCUUUUUUUUUAUUUUCCUAGCACUCAACAUAUAAACUGUGCGUGUAACUGUCUAUAAUUGUACCGCAUACAUUGCAGAAAAUCACAUUGACUAUUUGUAAAAAUGUGACGUUUGCAAAAUUAUUCUCAAUAUUUCUGACAACCACGUUGGUAUUCUCAACGCGAGUUAUUUAUUUUUAUUGCGACUGCCUUGUAAAGACUAUAUAAAGAGAGCACGUUGAUUGAUGUGCGCUUUAUUACUGUCAAUUGCGUUGCGCUCAUUCAAUUGAAUUUUUACAAUAGAGCUAUAAUGAACGUGGAAGAAUAGACACGAUGCUUUGAUCGCUUUAAUAUUAUUACGUUCCGAACUGUCAUUAUUUGAAAGUUUGAUGAUGAUAUAUAAUAUAUUUCUAAUUUCUAAUUUCUAAUUUUGCAAUAUACAUAUAUACUUCUGCAAUACUUGGAUGCAUUUUUGUUUGGUUUGAAGAUACAAGAAAAUGCAAACAAUUCUACUUACAAUUAAGUAAUUUUGAAAAAUUAUGACAAUUUUAUUUACCUUUAUUCAAAUAUAUGCUCUAUGAUUGGCAUUAAUGUUUUGUUAGCAUAUUAUAUGACAUGAUAUAUAAAAAGAUUUAUAUAAGAAUAUUAAAAAUGUAUAAAGUAGUUUGCGUAUAGACAUAGUCUGCACAUGCGCGCAAUAUGCUAGCUUCAUAAUUGGUCAAUGUAUUGGCACAUAUUAGGGAUAUUACACACACACCCACUCACCCACACACACACACACACAAAUGUAUA